GACAUCCCUAAUGCAGCUCUACUUUGGCUCCGCCGGCAACAUGUACUGAAUCUACCCGGGAGAGACCGAGGAAGAUGGCGGCGACUGAUCGUUCCCGAUCCGAAGCUGCAAAACAGCGACGGCAGGAUCAGUUACAGCGAUGGCUAGGCUCGGAAACCGAUCAGACGGGACCGGGGACGCGGGACGGGUCGACGGGAACCGGAACGCGGAGGGCCCGGGUUCGGUUCGCUCAGGGAGCCGUGUUUAUGGCAGCCUGUUCGGCCGGGGACAGAGAGGAGGUAGCGGUGCUCCUACGACAGGGCGCUGACAUCAACCACGCCAAUAUAGACGGACUGACCGCGCUUCAUCAGGCGUGUAUAGAUGAGAAUGCAGAGAUGGUCCAGUUCCUGGUGGAGAGUGGGAGUGAUGUGAACCGGGGGGACAACGAGGGGUGGACUCCCCUCCACGCUGCUGCCUCCUGUGGGUUCAUACAGAUCACCAAGUACCUGAUAGAGCACGGUGCACGUGUGGGGGCGGUGAACAGUGAAGGAGAGCUUCCUCUGGAUGUUGCCACUGAGGAUGCUAUGGAGAGACUGCUGAAGGGAGAGAUCAAGAAACAAGGGGUGGAUGUAGAUCUGGCGAGGAGGGAAGAGGAGCGGGUGAUGCUGGCGGACGCCAACGCGGUGCUGGCAGGAAGUGGCGUGCUGACACCUCACCCCAACACCAAGGCCACAGCGCUGCACGUGGCCGCGGCCAAGGGCUACAUAGAGGUCAUGAAGGUCCUGCUCCAGUGUGGUCUGGACUUGGACAGUGGUGAUGUGGAUGGCUGGACAGCCCUGCAUGCUGCAGCUCACUGGGGACAGCAGGAGGUGUGUUCUCUGCUGGCUGACAACCUGUGUGACAUGGCUGCUCUCAACAACGUGGGACAAACCCCUCUAGAAGUAGCAGAUGACACCCUAGUGGACACUCUGGAGCAGCUGACUAAGAAACAGAACGCUUUGCGUACAGAGAAAGCCAAGCUGUCCCAGCCUCCGGUCAUUGAAACCAGUCCUUCUAUCAAUAUGGCACCAGUUAGACCACGCAGGACCUCAAUCUCUCGUAUGAGCAGCAGAGAGAAGAUCUGCCUCCACGAGAGAGAGAAGCACCCUCCCCCUGCCCUGACCAGCAGCCCAGCCGAAGAAGAAGAGGAGGAGGGAGGACAGGGCCAGCCUGGGACGCAGGGACAGGGCCAGCCUGGGACGCAGGGGACACAGGGCAAGGCCUCCAGCAGCUCCAGCUCAGAAGAGGAGGACGACGAAUCUGAGAGUGAUGCUGAAUCAGAGAAAGCCAAAAACCGAGAGAUCAUCAACAACUUGAACAACAAAUGCAACAGCUCCUCCACCCACGCUACCUCCACGGCAACCAGCACUUCAGGAGACCCGGCCAAAAAGCAGGACCCAGGGAAGCCCCCAGCCCCCGAAGUGGCCCCGAGCUCGGCCCCUGGCGCGGCCCCUGGCUCCUGGAGGACCUCUCUUCGUAAGGCAGGCAGCUCUGUGACCCUGGGUCCUUCAGGGGCCAACGACCCCAGCCAGGAGUCCACCCGCGGGGCCCCUGAGUCUGGCCUGGGCAUAGGGAUGACCCGCUCUGCCUCCAGCCCACGCCUCAGCUCCAACAACACCACCACAGACACCAAGGAACCCAGGACUGCCAGAGUGAACCCCAGUCCAACCAGACGUCUCUUCAGUAUGCCAGACACCAACCCAGAGGGCACUAGCAGCUGGCUGAGUCGUAGCUCCUCUUACACCCGACGCCUCAAUAGUACUGGAAGUGAUCUUAGUAGCUCCACUCCCUCCUUGCCUCUCAGCUCAUCCUAUGGACACAAACCGGAUGACCCCACGGGGACAGGAAGUAGCUCCUCUGUUGGACUCAGUCGACUCAACAUCCUGGUGGCCCAGAGACUGGCUCAGGAGCAGGCAGAGAAGAAGGAGAAGGAGCAGGGUUCUGUCACCACCACGACCGGCGGGAGCAGCGAUCUGGAGACCAAGCAGAGGCGCAAGUCCUACUUGACCCCGGUACGUGAUGAAGAGGCUGAGGCUCAGAGGAAGGCUCGCUCCAGACACGCCAGACAGUCACGGCGAUCCACUCAGGGGGUGACGCUCACAGACCUGAAGGAGGCUGAGAAGACAAUGAAGACUGCACAGACAGACGAAGGGAGAGACAAGACAAUGAAGACCGCACAGACAGACGAAGGGAGAGACAAGACAAUGAAGACCGCUCAGACGGACGAAGGGAGAGACAAGACAAUGAAGACCGCACGGGAGGAGGAGGAGAAGGAAGAGGCCAAUAAGAAGAAAGCAGAAGAGGGGGAAGUAAGCUGGAGGUCCCGUAUCGCCAGCCUGCAGAAGUCUGACCUGUUGGGGCUGACUCAACCGGCCGGGACCCUUCGUCCCCAGACCUCCGGCCAGGACAGGAGUGCAGAAGGGGAGAGUGAGAGUGACCGUAUCGUCAGGGAGAGACGGAGAGCCCGAGCCAGGAGGAGAGCUCAGAGGGCUGGAGAUAGUGAUGACAACGAGCCCAGUGGAGAGGAGGGGUUGGGAGGCAGCGGGCGGGAUCCACAGACAGACAGGCACUCCAGCACCAGGUCCGACGUGUCAUGUAACGACUGUAUCGACAGAGGAGGCGGCUCUGAAACUAAGGAUUACAAGAAGCUGUUUGAGGUGGUGUCCAGGGAGAAUGGUCAGCUCCAGUCUCAGCUGCAGGACACCCAGAGGACCAUCUCUCAGACGAGACUGGACCUGGACAAGGUUACCCAGAGACAAGAGCGGUUCAGUGAUUGUUCAGCCAUGCUCGAGCUAGAGAAGAAGGAGCGACGGAUGUUGGAGCGUCGUGUGGCUGAGCUGGAGGAGGAGUUGAAGGUGCUAGGUGACCUGAGAGCUGACAACCAGAGGCUGAAAGACGAGAACGGAGCGCUCAUCAGGGUCAUCAGUAAACUCUCCAAAUAGACGGAGAGAACGAGAGAGAGACAACAGGGAAGCCCACUCCCUCCCUCCGUCCAUCCACCCCUCCCACCUCACAUUCCUACCAGUGCCAAAGAAUGAAAGACAGAGAGAGAGGAGGGGGGGGGUGUACAAGAAACAAAAAAAGAGAAGACGUAUGGGAAUGUGGUACUCUAAACAACACCAUAUCUUGACUUGAUUGUGACGCCUCUUCUUCCUUUAGUCCUGACCAAUCGCUGUGGCUUGUCGUUGUGUGUGUGUGUGUGUGUCUUAUGCCCACUUUGAAGACAGGACCGUAUCCAUGGCAGGUAGCCGUGACAACUGUGGUCAUGACGACGGCUCGCAUAGUAGCAAAGAGGCGUGACAACAGCCAAAUGCCCAUGGGAUUGUGUUGUAAAAAAAAAAAAAAAACUUUAAAAAAAACAGAAUAUAGACAAUGGGCACAAGGGGGAAAUACUAAUAUGAGCACACACACAUUCCUUCUCUGGGUGCCAUCCACACACACAUUCCUUCUCUGGGUGCCAUCCACACACACAUUCCUUCUCUGGGUGCCA